CUCUAUAUAUAUAUCGUAUAUACAGUAGUUUAACAAAGCACCAUCAAUUCGAAAACCACAAAACUCAGUGAGUUCGGAAAGAAAACCCGAUGGAACUCGACUAUCAGACUUGCGGAAGUGGUUUUUCCUCUGUUAGAGAUAAGGUUAAGUUCGUGCAACGUCAACAAAAGACCAACGGAGGAGAAGUCUGGAGAUCGCGUCGACUGCUAGGAUCAGCUUAUUCCGCACUUGAGUUUUUCCUUCUUGCACCUGAGUGUUUUUUUAUACAAGUCGUCUAACAUCUUCUUCAGUAUGCGAAGGGAAAAAUCUUAGCGUAUUUACAACUUUUUGACUACAAAAUGGAUAGUUCCAGCUUGGCUGGUGGAGGAUAGAUUGUCGCGCGAUUUGCCUUCUCGACGGGUGUUCGGUCACCCUGUGUUUUGCAAUUUUGUCUUGGUAACUUCGACGUGAAUUUUCUACUUCCAAGAUAUGAGGAAGAAUGAGUUGGUUCGACACAUCAGGGUUUGCCAGUCUGGCCAAGACAGCGCUGAAAGAGGCGCAGAAAACCAUAGACAAGGCUUUGGAUAUAAAAGAUGAAGAUCAAAAGCAACCAACAGCACAGCUAGCGAGCAGCUCUUCAGAUUUCUUUGACUCCUGGGGAGUCCAAGGUGAAGAGGAUAAUCAAGAUAAAGAGUCAAGUACUAGUCAGAAACAGCAGAGCACCAGCAUCUGGGGCAGUUUCACAGGGUCAUUUUUUGAGAAUCCAAAGGAUGAUAUGACUGCCAUAGCUGUAAAACGAGCUGAGUCCUACAAGGACUCGGCAGACAAUAUUGAUAAGUUUCAGUCCUCUCUUGUCUCAUCAAAGUCUCUUCCGGAAAGCUUAUCUGAAAGAACAGGAAGCAAGAAUUUACUGGACAGUGCCAUUGUUCAAUCUACGACAGAUCCAGAUUUUACUACAAUAACCAGUUCUAAGUCAGGUAGUUCAGAGGAAUUCAUUAGUGAAGCAUCCACAAGUGAAAAUGUCUCAGGAAAGCAAAGUAGUUUGUCUAAAUCUCAAGAUCCAUCCAGUAAAACUGAUGAUACCAAUACCAGUGCCAAGUCUUCUGAAGACACCAGGCCGAGUAUUGUUGAGGCAAGCGAAGCAAAGAAGAGCAGUGUAGUUUCCAGAAAAAAGGAACAGGCCACUACUCAUUCUUUGAAUCGAUUAUCUGUACUGUCAGCAGAGAGCGAUAAAAAGAGCUCUGAAAGCGUUGAAGUUCUGGGAUCUCAGUCUGGUACAAGCACAGAUUGCACCAACAGUCCAGACUCAGACGUGAACUCACUAAGUGCUUCGGUAGGUCCCAAGGUUAACUCAGAGUCUGUAGAGGUACUACCUGAUAGUUCUGUGACGUCGCCUAGUUCAGUGGAAGUACUAGGCGAUUGGAAAAGCGAUGAAAGCCCUUAUAUGUCGCCCAUGGACGAAAAACUUUUUGAGACGUCUAUCACGCCGACUCCUGGAGACGUAAUGGAUAGCUCUUUUUUCAACGAAUCCUCGAUCGACGGAGAGGACAUAAAGAGCUCAACCAGCACAUUAGAGGGUUCUCAACAGGCGGGUAGCAGCAUCGCUUCGCGAAGCACGUACCUAGGCAUUAGCCGAACGUCUAAGGAGCUGUGCGCAUCGUCAACGAGUCUGACCUCUCCUGAGAGCGUGGAGGUGCUGACCGGCGAGGCUGACGACGUGGAUGAGGUGAGUCUCGCUGAUGACUCGUACACCUCUGCCUCGGAGAGUACUCUCCUAACUAUCAUGGAGUCGCUGCAUCAGCAACAGCAGCAACAAGAGAAGCAAAUGCACGACUCUUGUCCAGACUCUAGACAGACCAUGUCAGGUAGUGCUGGUUCCGACUACCCGCUCAACGUAAGUCUUGACUCUCUGAAGGAAAAAUCAAGCCUAGCUGGACUUCAUUUACCUAUCGAAGCCAUCACCAAGCAGCCUAUCCGUAAGUCCGAUGCCGGUAAGCAGGAACUAGACAACCCCUUCGACCGAAUCAAGUCUUCUACGAUAGAGCCAGCACCUGAACCACCAAUCGCGAAAAAAUCUGAAGACAACUUGGAUAAGAGCGGUGGCAGCGAGCAGUACCUUCUCCUCACCGACUCGAGCUGCGAAGAAACUCUGGUAGAGAGCAGCUCCGAGGAUAACGCUAAUGUCUCUGCUGAAAUUGUGAAGCAACAGGAGCAACAACAGCCUUUAACUGCCAGCUCAUACGUUAAGAACAUGCUGGCGGAUGCUAUGUCCGAGAAGACCGAGCUCACGGAGAUCGAGAGGCAUUGUGCUGAGGUGCUGCCCCGCGAGAAUUCUCCAAUUUCUUCCGAAAGUCGAUCGGACCUGGUGAAAAUCGGAUCGGACCAGACUAGCGGCCAUACGAGUGGCGACGAACUCGAAACGACGACGUCCAGCGACAUCGAGAUAAUAUCUAGGUACAGUCCUAACGGUGAUUCGAGCUCGACACAGUCACGCCAAAGCCCAGCAAAGCUAUUGUUGUGCAAAAGCUCGGAUCUGCUGACGAAGACGCUCAAGACUCGCGGUCAUUCGCGGGAGCUCAGCGAGAUAAGCAUUGGUUCGGACGAUGCGAACCUCGAGAUCGAGCGGUUACUUAGGAGAAUCCGCGAAAUGACAGAAAUUUUGGAGGCACGUGAGUCCAAGCUCAUCGAGGUCAGCAGAAUCAAUAUGGAGCUGCACGAGCAGAAUUCCAGUCUCAAAAAACAACUAGAUAACGUGGAGAAACACGCAGAACACAGUCAGGACUUGACUCAGAUAACGGAAGAAUACACACAGCGGUUGUCAGCUUUGGAGCGCAAGUUCCAGCAGGCGAUUCGAGAAAGAGAUGCGUUGAGAAAGAGCCUCGAGCAGAUGAGACAGGAGGCGGCGACUCGACUCUCGUCCGCCGAGAUUUCAAAUAUCAACGCUGAAAAGGAUGAAAUUAUCAAGGAGCUACGCGAAGAGGGAGAGAAACUCAGCAAACAGCAACUUCAGCACAGUAACAUAAUUAAGAAGCUGAGAGCUAAGGAAAAAGAGAACGAUGCCUUAAUUAAAAGUCAAAAAGAACAACUAGAAGAACAAACUACGGAAUUGGAAAGAUUAAAGCGUUCGCUCUAUGCCAAAGAGGAGGUCGAACGAAGUCAAAUUGAGGCAGUGCACACAUUGACUGCUAAGUGUAAAAAACAAGAGAAAGAGAUUUUGAGCUUGACCGAGCAACUCGAUCACGUUACCAAUAAGAUGGAAGCUUAUAAAAAAAGUUUCGAUGCAGCAAAAUCAGAACUAUUGGAAACCAAGGAGAAACUGACUGAUGCCGAAGAAGAAUUGAAACUAGCUAUCGAAAAUGCUGGUGAAUCACAUCAACUUACAGCUCAAGUUGAAGAUUUAAAAGUCAAACUCAGACAAGCAGAAGAAAGUCACAUCAAGAAAGAGAAAACUCUAAAGCAGGAAAAUAUGGAUCUGUUAAAGCGCUUAGAAGCUGCAGAAUCUCGUAGCGAAGAGAUGUCAGAGUCUGUAUCCCAGGCAACAAAACCUCUAUUACGCCAACUAGAGCAAGUUCAGUCGAGCCUGUCGCACAAGACAAGCUUAUAUAUGCGGCAGGAAGAAAUGAUGACCGAAAAGAUCGCUGAUCUGCAGGCCAAAUUGGAAUCGAUCAGCGAAAUGAACCGAUCACUCGGAGAAGAAAAUACUAAUCUUAAGUCGAGAUGUUCUGUGCUUGAGAUGAAAAUCAACGCUAAGACUGCUGACCACAAGAAACUUGAUGAGACACUUGAAUCACUCAAAGAGCAGAAUAAGAAUCUUGCAGAGGAAAAUGAAGUGCACAAGCAAGCAAUGAAAAUGCUUGAAGAAGCCCAUGCAACUGAAAUUAAAGAACUCAAGAGAGAAAUUUCAUCGUUGGAGAGUAAAAUUUCAAUGGAAAAAGCAGCCGCUGAAGCAGAAAAGCGUAAGAAUAAUGCUGCUCUAGAACAACAAACUGUUGACGAGGAGCUACGAUACAGUCCAACUUUGAGUAUUGAAAGAGAUUCAGUUAGCAGUGCAAACAGUAUUUGGCCAGCGUUCAACGAUGCGAUGUUCGAAAGUGGCUCUGGUAGAUUCCCAAACGUUUACGAUAGCUUUAGAUCCGGAACAAAUAGCACAUCGAUGUUCGAAAAUCUUCAAGCACAAUUAAAACAAAGAGAAGGUGAAGUUCAACAGUUACAGUGGGAGUUGUCACGUCGAAACGCUGAACGAGAUGCGUUAAACACAGAAGUUUCUUCGUUGGCUUCGAAAGUCGAAGAUCUAAACUCUACAGUUGGUCAGAUGGAGACGAUAAAAGAAAGUCUCAAUGAUAUUCAAACCAAAUACGACGCAUUACUGCAAAUGUAUGGUGAGAAAGUGGAAGAAAAUCAAGAACUGCGACUUGACCUGGAAGAUGUGAAAGAAAUGUACAAGACUCAAAUUGAUCAGCUGCUAAAGCGAGAUCUCUGAAAAGCACGUGAUAAGAAUCAGGAUCAAAGAAGGGGUAUCAGACUGGCAAAGGCUUUUAUUGUAGAUACGUGCAUCGCGACGUUCAAGGGGAUAUAAACUUUAUAGCUUAUGUAUGGCACUUGUAAGAUUUAUCAUACCCAUCCAGUAAGUUAAACACUGGAAUGAUAACUUUUCACAAAUUAAUUUCUCUAUAUUAUUUUACAAUAUAAAUCUUUUAGAUAUAACUGUUUAACAGUGAGUGUAACUGGUCGUUUUCUACAAAUAUUGCUAUUAGCACAUUUCAGAAAAGGCCUAUUUUUGAUUGCAACUUUUAGGCACUAUUGAACUUAAAAAAUCUUGAAAAAUUAAAUUUUUUUUAUGACUUAAGAUGGCCCUUUCUAAAACAUUCAGUAAUUGAUUUUUAUCGGUAAAAUAAAACUUCAACAUCUCCUUAAAAGAACGCUCUAGCUGCUACAUAAAAAGGCUUCUUUGUAGAAAGUAUCUUGUUUUAUAGGUGAUAUAUAUACAUACAUUGUAUAAAAUUUGUAUUACGGGUUAAGGUGCAAAAUGCGUAAAAAUUCACGGAGACUAAAUAUAAUGACCAUUUUUUAAUGUUCAAAAUGAAACUCUAUGAAAACAACGCUACUAAGCGUUUAGAAUUAAUUUAUUGAAUAUUUAUUAUUUGUUGAUUUUAUCAAUUGCGUUGACUUCAUAAGGGAACAUGUAAGAUAUUUAGAAAAUGGCAUACAAAAAUCCUCGUUUAGUGCUCUAAUAUUCAAAAUUAUGGGUAUCUAAGUCUGUUGUUGUAAUUGUUAACUGCUGCUUUAACUCAAUGAAUGAAUGCAUUUAUCAUUCAACUUUCUUUUGUUGGAUUAAAGCAGUUGUGGCUUUUUUAUUAGUAAUGAUUUUCUCAAAGUCAAAUGUGUAACUUGUCUUACUAAAACUACGCGGGCAUUGAAACGAUUUAUAGAGUGAACAAAUUAAUAAUUAUAUUAACAUUUUUUUUGUAUAAAAUACCUGUUACACCUAUUCAUAAUGUGUGCUGCAAGAUAAGUAUAAUGUGAUAAUGGAAUGUAUUAUAGUAUGAACUGACUUAAUAUACUUUUAGUGAAAAUUAAACUUAUAUAUUCAUUUUUUUCAUAUAAAACUUGAAAAUUAUAAGAAUAGUUAAUGAAGUAUCGACAUUGUUAGUCAUUACAAAUAAAAAUGUCUAUC